AAUUGGGAGAGCUUGACACCGGACAAGGUGCAAAUCAGAUGAGCUCUCUACAGAGGCCAGGGGACACUAGAUGGAGUUCCCAUUACAAGUCAAUUCAAAGCUUAAAGAAGAUGUUUAGCGCCACAAUUUCAGUCCUACGUAGUAUUGCAAAUGAUCGUUCAGUUUCAAAGUAUUCUCGUGGUGAUGCUGCAGGUGCACUACAAAUUAUUGUCAAAUUUGAUUUUGUGUUUAUUUUUCUCAUGAUGGAAAAGAUUAUGAAGAUUACCGAUGUGCUAUGUCAAACACUCCAAAAGAAGUCAAUUGAUAUUUUAAAUGCACUAGAUUCAGUUUCCAAUACUAAAGUCUUACUUGGUAACUUGCGAAAUGAUGGUUGGGAUCCUCUUCUUGAGGAGGUCAAUUACUUUUGUGAAAAGAAUGACAUCGAUAUUUUGGAUCUGAAUCACAAGUUUGUUGAUGUGACCAAAUCUCGAAAUAAGAAUGAUAACACCACCGUUUUUCAUCAUUAUAAAUUUGAUGUGUUUAAUGUUGCAAUUGAUCAACAACUGAAUGAGAUAGAAGAUCGAUUUGGUGGCCAAGCGACAGACCUUUUAUCACUUUGUGCUUUCUUGAAUCCAAUACUUGGCUCUUUUGACAUAGAAAAGGUAUGCUCCCUAGUGGAAAAGUAUUAUCCUGCUGAUUUCUCAAAUCAAGAAAGAAUGCAAUUAGAGUGCCAAUUGCCACAUUUUCAACUUGAUGUUUGCAACCAUCCAGAACUAAAGGGUUUAUCAUCUUUGGCUGAUUUAACAAGUGGAUUAGUUAAGCUGGGUAAAGAUUCUUCUUAUCCGAUGGUAGAUAAAUUAUUGAGAUUACUCUUAAGUCUCCCUGUGUCAACUGCGACCACAGAGAGCCUUUUCAGCUAUGAAAUUUGUGAAGACACGUCUUCGAAGCAAAAUGGGAGAUGCCUAUUUACGGGAUUAUCUGGUCGUUUAUAUUGAAAGGGAAUUAGCGGCAAUGAUUAGUUCUGAUGAUAUUAUCAAGGCCUAUGAUCUAGCUAAUACACGUAGAGCUAAAUUCAAAACAACUGAGAUGUAAUUUUAUUUUGUUUGACAAAAUAGAUACUGUUUUAUUAUACUGUUUUUUAAUGAAGAUUAUAUAUCAAUGUAUGUAUUGUGGUUGAUUUCCUUGCCAUUUUAAUAAUGUAUCCUUACUGAUUUGGUCGCUUGGAGGCAAGUCUGAUCCUUCGCCCCUGUCGAUACCAAUCGAGCCUCGGCAGCCCCAUCAACCGAUCGGCGUUGGGACCAGGCCAGUCAGUACUGACUGCCCACGUCGCUU